CUGUCAGUGGCCAAAAGCGAAGACCAACUUUGCUCAAAUUGUACAGAACAGCAAAUCACCAGAAAAGUUCCUGGCAAGUGUGAUGUGUGCUGGCCAUGCAGUGAAUGUUACGUGGGGUUUGGUUUAUCUGUAGCAUGUGGGACCACUGUGUCACGCGAUGCAGAUAUUGUUUGUGUUGCCUGUACAAGAGGAGUUAAUUUUUCCGACACUUCUGGCAGUGAGCAGUGUCAAACAUGUGCAACUUGCGCAGGCAAACACGAGCACGUCCUUGAAAACUGCAGUCCUGAACGCAAUGUCAAGUGUGAAUGUGAAGAUGGGUAUUAUCGCAACAGGACCACCAAGGAAUGCCAACCCUGUGUUUUAUGCUGUACAGAUGAUUGGAAAAUUGCCAAGAGAUGCAGAGGUGAUGAAGGUGAAAUUGCAAAGAAAUGCAAAUUUAAAAUACCUUGGACCAAGGCAUGUUCUUCCUUAUCGGUGUCAUCCACUAUUGGUGAUGCAUCCAAGCCAAUAGAACACCAUUCAUCUGUGGUUGUUGUAACAUCUUCAUCACUGCCAAUAAAUUCUUUCUUUCACACAACUGCCACACCUUUACUGGAGAGGAUUACUGUAAUUGCUUCAGCAGUGUCAAAGACAGUACAGAUUGAGGCUACAUCAUCAAGCACUUUAGGACAUGCUAGACAAUCAGGCAUCUUAAGUGUUUCUGAAUCUUUAAAUGCUGACAGCCCAUUACUCAAGGACAAAAAGAUGGAGGAAACACUGAAGGCUCAUAUUUCCCAUCAAAGUGUAAUAGUGAAUAUUUUAGUUUCCUUAUUAACAAUUGUUUUGGGGAUUGUGUUCGUACUAAUUGUAGGCUGUGUAGUUAAGUAUAUUUUCAAAAAGUACAAGUCAAAGAAGUCAGUCAGUGUCAGCCAAAAUGAUAUGGAAAAAGGCACAGAAAAUGAUGAUGGAGAAUCUAGUGCAAGUGGUAGUGUCAUUGCACCACUGCUGCCAAGCACUGAAGACCCAAACGAAAUACCAUUGGUACCUUUGGCAAGUGAUAAAACAUGUGAAACUCAAGAUUUUUCCAAUUAUGUGUCAUCUAGCACUAAGCAAGAAGGGCAAGGAGUUGAUGUACAGAUAGAGAAAGGGAUUCCAACAUCCCUUGACAAUGAACCAAGACCUAACGGUAAGCUAAGGCAUAGCCAAUUUUUUAUGUUUAGGAGGCAAGGGUUGAAAAGAUCAGUCUAAAUCUGUUUGUAAGUUUGGGAAAUUUGGAGCAAACAUGAAAAAAAGCAGGAUAUUACAAUCUUCCUGCCAUCCAAAAACCAGUACUCCAACAAUUUGUUUGUGAUUAAAAUUUUUUUUUUAUAGGUCAAAGACCAAGAAAACGAAUACCCUCUGAAGGAAAAGACAAAACAGAACCUUGUAUGGAUGGUAAGACUAGUCAGCAGUAAAAUCUAGCAAUAGGUUAACAUUUUAAUCUAUUAAAUUGCAUUGAAAACGACUAAAUCCUUUUGAUAGAAUGCCACUGCACAGUUUUAUAUUUUUAAGAAAGUCCUGCUGGAAAUUCCCAUCAACAAUUUGCCAAUCACUACGUUUACCAAAUGCUUGUUCAGCUUUACCUUAAACACCCAGACUGAUUCCAACGGUUCAACUUUUAACAUUUUAUACCUCUUAUUGGCUGAGUUAGAAGUCAAGACCGAGUUUUUUAUUCCAUUGAUUAAUUAAAGAAAAAAACAAGGAUCUAUAAUUCAACAGUAUGUUCAGACCAAGAAAAUAAAACAAUAAUAAUAAUAAUAACAUUUAUUUAUACCGCGCAAAUUCAACUAUACAGUUUUCAAAUGCUCCUUACAAUUAAAGGUCUAAAAAUAUACCUUACAAUUAAAGAUCUAAAAAUAUACCGUAAAAAAAAAAAAAAACAUUACAAACAUUACAACAUUAUAUCAGAAAAGGCUUUUUUAAAAAGGUGAGUCUUCAAAAUACGUUUAAAAACUUGAAUAUCAGGGGUGCAUCUAAGAUCUAACGGAAGAUUAUUCCAUAGUUUUGGUGCGGCGGCUACGAAGGCUCGGUCACCAAGAGUAGGGAGAGUCCUAAAGUUAGGAUUUGAAAGCAGAUAUUUGUUAUUUGAUCUGAGGCUGUAGGAAGAAUUAGGUUUAAAGUUAACAAGAGAUGAUAAAUAAUUAGGACGACAAGGUAUCUAACGAAACACUCACUAAUAUUAUUGGAAUUUAAGAUAAGAUUUGCAGUGUCCGUCGGUCACAUUAAGCAUAUUAUAACCACACUAUACCGUAAACCGUGGUGCUAGAUAUAGAACUCUAGCAGCUGCGUUUUGAACACGCUGCAGUUUAGUGAGGGCGCAGUGGGGUAGUCCGUAUAAAAGUGAGUUACAAUAGUCCAAUCUGCUUGUGAUGAAAGUGUGCACUAAUUUCUCGGCAGAUUCUAUGCUAAGAUAUUUUCUGACACGUCUAAUAUUGUGUAGAUGAAAAAAAGCACUCCUACAAGUUUUGGUUAUGUUGAAAUUCAGGUUGAAAUGGCAGUCAAACUAGGCCCCUAAGUUUCUAAGGGGUUCCGUGCUAGGAGAGAUGAUGGAUUCGCCAAUAGUUAGAGUGGCGCUUUUAGUUUUCUGUAGCUGCGCCUUCGUCCCAAUAAGCAUAAACUCAGUCUUGGAAUCAUUGAUCGUGAGUUUGUCAUUGAUCAUCCAGCUAUGGAUGUCACAGAGGCACGCUUCCAUUGUUGCAAUGGUGGCGUCUUGAUCGGAACAAGGCUUAAUUAACAAGAUAUUUUGUAUGGCUUCCUGUUUGGGGGAACCGACAAGCAAUUUGACAGUCACUUGACUGGUGUAGCUAAAAGAAAGUUUCAGUGGCUCAAGAAAACUAAAGCACAUUUCAUAAUUAUAUACAAACUUGGCUUUCCAUUGAAAGUGAAAUCAAAAUACAAAUCCACCAUGUUGAGAAAGAGAGCACUUAAAAUUUAAGUUUUAAUUUUAAGUUUGACCAAAUUACUUUCGGCACGAACCCUACUGCAACCAGUAAUAAUAGUGACGAAUUUAUAUAUUAUUGAUAUGUAGUUUAUUACUAGUCAUUUUGAUUAGUCAUCCUGUUAUCUUUCAUUUGCGUUGUCUAAGUUAACUUAAUUGCAAUUUAUAUAUUAUUUAUUUUUACAUAGUCAUCUUAAGCUUAUCUAUUUAUUUAUGUAUUAUUAUUUGUAUUUAUAAUUAUUUAUAUAGAGGAUAUUACACGGUGGCUCGAGGAUAUGAAUUUUAUUUUCGAGUGGCAAAACAAUAUUUUACGAACGGGCGUAGCGAGUGAGUAAAAUAAUGUUUUUGCCACGAGAAAAUAAAAUUCAUAUCUUCAAGCCGCUGUGUAAUGCUCUUUUUAUUAUAUAGACAAAAAAACAUCGAUAAAAUAAUUGAUUUUUAUUCGCCAAAAAGUAAUUGUGACGGCUAAAAUUUACAGUACAGCAAUAUAAGGGAAAGUUAAUUUAAUAUGACAAGGGGGGGGGAUGAAGAUAUUGAAACUCAAAGCUUGAAAUUUUAGCAGCCCCCCUCGCUAGCGGUUCAAUUUUUUAGGAGCCCCCUCCUUGGUAGUCGAAAAAAUUUCAGAGCCCCCCCCCUCCCCUCCUCCUUCAAUUCCUUUGCUCUCCUGAAAAAAGAUCGCUAGACUGUAUCAAAUAUAUUUACCGUUAUUGUCUUCAAUGGUUUAUACUAUGACAAACUUGAGAUACAGUUGUGAUACAAUUUUCUAAAGCAUUUUUGGGAUGAACAAGAGUGUAAUAAUUACUGAGACUACAUUUGUUAUAUCUGUAAACCACGUGAUAUAGCUGAGUUGCACAGGUCAUUAAAUUGUUGAGUUGAAAACCAUCCGAUCUGUAUGAUGAUGUCAUGUGUUGGUUUUGAAGUAUACAAAUUUUCGGAGCCCCCCCUCCUAGCGCAACAAUUUUUUCAGAGCCCCCCUUCGGGUGUCUAAAAAUUUUCGGAGCCCCCCUCAAUAUCUUCAUCCCCCCCCCCUUGUCAUAUUAAAUGAACUUUCCCUAAGACAUUGUUUACAAUAAUCUGGAGAAAUAACGCUGAGCUGAAUAGGGCUCUACAUUGACAAAAUAUAAGCAAAGCAUAGAAAAAUGUGUAAUUAAAAUUCAAAGGACCCAAGACGCUUACAAAUUUUGGAGGGAAGUUACUGAAAUUACGUCAUCGAUAAACUCACAUGUGAGAUUAUGGAAAAUAAACCACUUGGGUCCCGGAUGUAGUUUUUAUGAAUGUUACGGGUGGUAUAUUUUCCAGUAAAACACUCAUGUCUAUAGAAUAAAUUGGGAUAUAUUUUUAGAUGUUAAUUCAUUAUAGUGUAAAGUAGAGAGCAGGUCCACAUCAGCAAUAGCUGCCAUUUAUUCAACCUGCUUUAUCAAAUAAAGGAUGUAUGUAUGUAUGUAGUCCUCUUUCUUAACGUGAACAACAUUUAAAAUUUAGCCCUGGCUUUCGGGAAAGAAAUGUCUCAAACUAUUCUGGAAGUUUCUAUCAGUUACCAAGAGUGUUUAUCUAACAAUCAGAGUUUAUUGGAACAUUUUGAUCAUCCAAUGAUUGCAUUGAUUACUUAAAGACAAUAAAUUUAGUUGUAACAUAUAGCCUUUUUAUGGAUCUUCAAAACCAUUUUUAUGCAUUUAAACAAGUUUUUGUUGGCAUUAUUCAGGCUCUCCUAAACCAAGUUUUAUCAACAAUGAAUUUAUAACAUAUUUAAGAACUCAGUCUCUUCUCUGCCCACCAUUAUAAAUGGUAUCCAGGUUGCAAUUGAAUUUGACUAGAACUUCAGGGUCCAUUCAUUUGCCUCAAACUAGGUGUUGUAAGCUGUCAUUUUUUUCCGUUUGAUUUCUUAAAAGACAAAAUAACUUUAACAGGCAAAAUGCAAGGGCAAUUAUAAAUGCAUAUGUGGCAAAUGAAUCCACCUACGGAAUAUUUGAUAAUACCUUUGUUAGACCUUUGACUUAAAUCUCACACAUAUUUAUGACCACUCAUUUAUCAUGCCUUUGACUAAAAACCCAGAUAUAUUUGGCAACACCUUUGACAAACGUUUGACUUGACCCUGCAUGACAAGCUAAUAUACAACUAACCGCUACAGUUAUAAUGGAUUGAACUUUCCUUCGCACUCGUGACAGAUUUUCUACUUCAAUUCCAAACAUCAACACAACAUCAUUAUGUCAAAGAAGUAUGACAUCCCAGAUCACAGUCUGUGAGCGCUAAGAAAUUCCAUAACAGGUUUAUCUCAAUUAAGUUUAGAGCUGUGUUCAAAAGGAACAUUAAAGACUUUCUUCUGUGGCACUCACAAAAUUAUUAAUAGGCCACCAUACAUUUCACUUCGCUUUUGAUCAGGUGCUAUGCAGCAGGGCCUGGGAACUACUAACAAACAUUCAAACAAGCUGAAAAACAGAUAACCACUAAGCCAAGAUCUCAGGACAGAAAUAGGAGGCUGCCCUGUCUGGUCAGCAAUAAGAAAUAAAAUAAUAACAAUUAUAUGUUUAUAAUAAUUAUUAUAAACACACAGGGCAAAGUUAAAUUAUAUUACUUAAUUUGUAUCCUUUAUUUUUUUUUUGGCACCUUUUUAGGAAUCUGUGAUGUAAAUCAAACAGCCAACUGCCCUUUGGUCAAACCACUAAUACAAUCAACUGGAUAUAGCAAAGGUUACUUAACUCACAUAAAUGAUGUACCAAGUUCUUUGAUCAAUUCCAUUUGUAUGCUGCUUGAUGAGGAAAGAGACAUUAUAGAUGGAAAAGAUUACACAAUGCUAGCUAGUAAGUUGAAUGUGAAUUCUCUGACAAUCCGGUAUCUUAAACAACAGAAGCAAAGUGGUAAAAUAAGCCCCACAUACAUACUUCUUUUGCAAGUUUUUGCAUCUAUGAAAGAUUCUGGAACACUCAAACAUCUUUGUUCCAUACUUGAGGGAAUGGAAAGGUAUGAUGUGGUAAGGGUUAUAGAUAAGUGGGCUGCAAAUAAUCCUUAA